AUGCUAGAUCUGCUCGGGACAUCGCUCGCUCGUCCCGUCAUUGCCCGUGCCCAAGUCAAGAUCGCCCAGAAGGAGCGUUGCCAAUUCAUCUCCCACGGUUGCACAGGCAAGGGCAACGACCAGGUCCGUUUCGAACUGGCCUUUUACGCCCUACAGCCCAAAAUCCAAGUCAUUGCGCCAUGGCGUAUUCCGGAAUUCUACGAGAGAUUCAAGGGCCGAAACGACCUGUUGGACUAUGCCGCUCAGCAAGGAAUCCCCGUGACGAGCACCAAGAGCAAGCCUUGGUCUAUGGACGAGAAUCUCGCGCACGUGUCGUACGAGGCAGGCAUUCUGGAAGACCCAGACAGCUCCCCUCCUGCCGACAUGUGGAAACUGACCGCCGAUCCUCUGCUCUCUGCACCCAACGAACCAGAAGACGUCACCAUUGAAUUCGAGCGAGGCAUCCCUGUCAAGAUCACAUCCCAAACGACAGGCACAAAGACCAGCCCAACUGAGGUCUUCCUUGCCGCCAAUGCUCUGGGUCGCAAACACGGCGUGGGCCGUAUUGAUAUUGUCGAAAACCGCUUCAUUGGCUUGAAGUCGCGAGGCUGUUAUGAAACCCCAGGUCUCACCAUUCUGCGAACGGCGCACAUUGAUAUCGAGGGUUUGACGCUCGACCGCGAAGUCCGCGCUCUUCGAGACCAAUUCGUCACGAUCGGCUGGUCCCGCGUUUUGUAUAACGGAUUGUACUUCUCGCCCGAGCGCGAGUUCUUGGAGGUCAGCAUCAAAGAGUCUCAAAAGAGCGUCAACGGCCAGGUCAGACUCCGACUCUACAAGGGUAACUGCAUCAUCAUGGGACGCAGCAGUCAAACCGAGAAAUUGUAUGACGCCUCAGAAAGCAGCAUGGACGAGAUUGGCGACUUCGAGCCCAGCGAAACCGGUGGAUUCAUCAAGGUCCAAGCGAUCCGGCUGAAGAAGUAUGGCCAGAUGAAGGCGGAGAAGGGUGAGCGCUUGUAG